UGAAAUUUGGCACAUGGACAUAAGCAGAAUAGCCCAUUAACCCGAAAUGAUUUGGCCCAUUUAAGCAUUUGGAAUUGUGAGGGUUAGGAGUUGGGGCUUCAAAUCACAUUGGCGAAUAGGUGGAGCAGCUAAGAAGAAUGGGAUUCAUAAUGGAAUUUGCGGAGAACUUGAUUCUGAGAUUAAUGGAGGAUCCAAAGGAACGAGAUCGCAAGUUUCGUCAACAUGUCUAUGCAACUAAGGCCAGGUGCGACAAGACUUUGGAGAUGUGGAGUUAUCCUCUCCGUCCCUAUGGUUUCUGGACCUUUGAUCGCCACAAUGCUCAGAAUUUCUGGGACCCUCAGAUCAGCCAAGUCCAAGGCCGUCGCGAUCCUUAUGACGACCUCCUUCAGCAUGAAAAAUGACUUUCAGGAUAGCCAGGAGAGGUCAGCAAAGAAGCUCUUUUACAGCACCUGAAUUUUUUUAAUGCAUAUUAUCUGUUUCCGAGCAUUCUCCGUGCUGACUGUUGGAACAAUUGAAUAAAUUGUAAUGUUAAUCAAUGAUGUCUAAGGCACCUUGUUUUCACAAGGGUAUAACCUUUUGGUUUUUUAAUGUUGCAUUUGAAUCCUUAAAUUGAAGAA